CAACUUUAGAAACCACUUCACCUGGAAACUGCUGCACUGCACGACUCAAUUCAGUCAUUUACAAUGUCUUACUGGAUCCGUGUUGUCAUUGCGCUCCUUUAUCUUGCGACUUAUUUACGCGCAGAAGUUACAGUAACUCAGCCGCUUUCCAAGUCGAUCAGUCCGGGGCAGAACUUACAAUUAAGCUGUACCAUGUCCGGGGCCAGUUUAGGGAAUGACGAUGUAUCCUGGUAUCAGCAGAUUCCCGGAAAGACUCCCCGGCUUUUAGUCUAUUAUUGGUCCAGCAAGAGCAGCCCUGGAAGAGGUCCUGGAGUUUCAGAAAGGUUCUCCGGCUCUCAGUCGGGCAAUACGGGAUAUUUCACAAUUUCCAACGUUCAAACAGAGGACGCUGCGGACUAUUACUGCGCCAUGUGGAAAAACGCCUUAAUAUUCGGAAAAGGAACAAAGGUGGCAGUGGGCAAUCCCCGGCCCCCAGUCGUAUCGAUCUUGCCCCCUUCAGCGGACGAAAUCAGGGUGAAGGGCACCGCCACGCUUGCGUGUUUAGUGAACGGGUUUAAUCCGGGUGCUGUGGAUAUUGAGUGGGCUGUGGACGGCAGUGCGAGAAGGAACGGCGUUGAGAACAGCCGACUGCAACAGGAGACGGACAACACGUUCAGUGUGAGCAGUUACCUGACAUUGAGAGCCUCAGACUGGAACUCACACGAGCUUUACUCCUGUGUGGUUAAACACGAGACUCAAGCAAACCCGCUACGGGCAAAUAUCGCAAGAUCCCGCUGUGUUUGAUGUCAUAAACCUGUUACCUGAGCUAAGAAAAGUUCUUUGACAAUUUGUUUCUUUUAUUCAGUGGAAUGUUAUUUUUUAAAUACAUCCUUUGCAGCGGAAGCUUCAGCUUUUACGAUUUGUUUACUGUAAACUCUGUUCUGUUGGCAGAUAUCCAGUGUUGGUUAAAGACUCCAGAUUGAUUGAAAUUUGUUUCUGUUCAUUAAAUAACAUAACUAAAGCCAGGGUGCGACUAUUGCAUCCGCAACACUCUUUGUAGUGGUUCAAUAAAGUCAGCAAACUUA